UUUUGAUUUUCCCAAUCAAGGAUGGCAUAUACAUUAAGACGAUAAACAACUCUCUGUUCUUCAAGGAUCUUCUAAACAGUUCUAGAAGUGCAAAGCUUCAUCAUGGGGUUAUAGUCUGAAUCAUGGCGACUUUCACCAAAACAGGGAAUGCGACGCAAGCACAUAAUCAACCCUCCCAGUUUUGUAAGCAGUAUAACAGAACAAGAGAGUUUCAUAGAGCAAGAGACCGACCUGAUUUGUUGGCGCCCGAGAGCUUGCAACGUUAUCUGGAAACAAGAUUUGAGCAGUUGAAAGUUUCCACUGAGCUUGGAAUUUGGAAGGAAGCUUUUCGUACUGCCGAAGAUAUAUGUGGAUUAAUGUGCAUGGUCAAGGAAACGCCUAAGUCAUCUUUAUUGGUGGUUUAUUAUUCCAAAUUGACUGAGAUCUUCUGGAGUUCUUCAAACCAUCUUUACCAUGCUUCUGCUUGGUUUAAGUUGUUUAGCUUGCAGAAGAUUUUCAAUAAGAACUUAAGUCAGAAGGAUUUGCAGCUAAUAGCGUCAUCUGUUGUCUUGGCGGUAUUAUCUGUUCCACUAUAUGGUCGGUCUCACGGUGCAUCGAUUUUGGAGCUUGAAAAUGAGAAAGAACACAAUUUGAGGAUGAGUAACCUCAUAGGGGUCAAUCUUGAACCUAAAGUCGAGGGCAGAGAUAUGCUUUCCCCGGCAUCACUUCUGUCAGAGCUGGUUUCAAGAGGUGUUUUGAGCUAUGCAACUCCGGAGGUCAAAGAGCUUUACCAUUUCUUGGAGCAUGAAUUUCACCCACUUGAUCUUGGUCCCAAGAUUAAGCUUUUGUUGGAUAGAAUUUCUAAACUUGGUGGGGAACUGUCUUCAGCUCCUUCUUUACCAGAAGUACAGCUCUCCCAAUAUGUUCCCUCCUUGGAGAAGAUUGCUACUCUGAAGCUGCUUCAACGGGUUUCUAAGAUGUAUCAGGCAAUAACAAUUAAGAAUCUAGCUCAGUUGGUCCCUUUCUUCGACUUCUCAGCCGUUGAGAUGAUAGCAGCUGAUGCUGUAAGAAACAAUUUUGUUGACAUGAAAGUUGAUCACAUAAAGGGUGUUGUAAUUUUUAGAAAUCUGAGUAUUAAGUCUGAUGGGCUAAAAGAUCAUCUGGCUAAUUUUUCUGAGACUAUGAACAAAGUAAGAGCCAUGUUAUUUCCUGCUCCAAGUAAAUCAUCACAGUUUGGUGACAUAGUACCAAAUCUAGAAGAGACUGUUGAAAAGGAGCACAAAAGACUGCUUGCCCGGAAAUCAAUCAUUGAGAAGAUUAAGGAAGAACAAGAGCGUCAGCAACUAGAGAUGGAACGUGAAGAGGAGCAGCGAAAGCUUAAGCUUCUGAAGCUAACUGAGGAGGCAGAACAGCAGAGACUUGCGUUAGAUCUUCAGGAGAAGAGGAGACAGAGAAUUCUUAGGGAGAUAGAGGAGAGGGAGCUUGAGGAAGCUCAGGAGAAGGUAACAAAGCAAAGCGUGAUAGAGAAAGCCAUGAGUGAGAAGCGCAAGAAAGAUCAAGAAAUGGAGAAGAAGCUCCAAAGACUUGCCAAAACUAUGGAUUAUCUGGAACGGGCAAAGAGAGAAGAAGCUGCCCCGUUGAUUGAAGCUGCUUAUCAGCAACGAUUGGUAGAAGAGCGUGAGGUCAAGCUCAGGAAGGAACUUCAAGAGAGUGACCCGAUGGAGAAGAAAAGGUUGGAAAUAUUCCAAGAGAGAGUGAUUGGUCUUCGACAAUACGAGUUUGAGAGGCUAAGAAAAGAGCAAGACGAGGGUAUUGUCCAAAUGAUUCGAGCCAGGAAACAAGAAACGGAUAAUAAGAAAAAGCAGAUACAUCAUUUGAAAUCUGAAGAGGAAAGGAUAAAAAAGCUUCAAGAAAAAGAGGAAGCUCGUCAGCGUGAAGAAACUGAGAAACGUAGAAAGGAAGAAGCUGAAAGGAGAGCUAAGUGUUAUGCAAUUGCUGAAAAGAAAUGGCAGAGAGAAGAAGAGAUUGAAGAAAGGUUGAGGGUAAAAGCUCUGUUGGGAUAAUAAUAUUGGUCUUGACGUCCAUAGAAAAAAAGGAUUUGGUCAUUUUUGCUCAUUAGGCCUCAGUGAAGAAUAAUUUAGUCAUGAUUUUCCGAAUAUUUAAACAUCUGUAAAACUCGUUUUCAGUUGGUUUUGCUCCGAUUGCUGCUAUAUAGUAAUACUGAUUAUCUUGAA